CAUUUCGGAAAGUCCGCAAUGAGUCGUUAGAUGAUUUCAAGGCUUCUCCAAUCAGAUAUUGAUUCUAUUAUAUAACGAUGUUACAGUUUCAUUGACGCUUUUCGAUAUAUCAAGCUUCAUAGCUUUAAUAUUAAUAUUAUAUUUAAUCUGACAUGUUUUUUAAAUAUUUAAUAUAUGAUAUAAAAACGAUAUCUUGCCUUCUCAAAUAUUCUCGUUACUAAUUAAUGUUAUUGAAUUUUGAUGCAGUGAAACAUCGAAAGCCUAGAAUUAGAAAAAUUAAUGCAACAUUUAAUGGGCUGUCCUCUUAAUAGGAUGAAUGAAUUGUACGCAGACGACCUGAACCACAGCUGUGCGAUUUCCUGCGUUUAGAUGCUCUUGGCUUGUUAAUCGACAAAAAGCAAUGUCCUGCCAAGUUUCCGCAAAGUGCAUUAUUAUUUAGAACCAUGAUGUCACGAGAAUCAUUAUGCGGCGCGUGUGGAAUCCGUCGUCGCUCAGGAUGAGGAGGACAACUUGCGUUUUUAGUUCCGACAGCGUCAAUUUUAGAUCACUUUUAGCCGCGGGGAAGUGUCCCAAAAAUAUGAUCUCGCGUCCUCUCUUCGAAUCGAUAAAUAUUGUAAUAACUAUAAUAACUAUAAAUAAAUAAUACAAUGUUAUUAUAAAAUGAAUACCGCGUUUUUGCAAAUUAAUUUAUCCAAAUUAAUGACAAGCAAGUCUCAUGAAUUACAAUUAGCAAUAUUAAGUGGGCAUAUCAACAAUUGAUUAUAAAACUUGUCUUUCACUUGAAUUAACGUUGUCACGCUUUUAAUAAGUAAACCAAAGAUGUUCCAAUUACGAAAUUGACUAACCGCGCAAAGUCACUCCGUCUUGUUUACCGAAAUUAAAUUUAAUGCUUGACGUCAUGGCUAAUCGACGUGCGAUGGCCAAACGCCGCGUCGCACUCAUCUAAUCAUAAGUUGAGGGCUUUUAUUCGUGUGUACGAAGAGUAAUCAGUUAGCGAGGUGUAUUAAAAGUAGCAGACACGUUAUUUAUUACACGCGACUUUAUCACAACGCAACUUUCCCGGAUUUCGUGUAAUGAUAUCGGAAUGACGAUCUAUUAAAGAGUGAUCGUCAGAAAUAACAGUCGGAUUUCUGGGAAACAAAUAAGGACGAUAUCGGAUUUAUCGCCGAAUUCCCGCGCGACUAUUUUUUUUGCAAUAAAGCAGCAUUACGGCGCAUCCUGCUGGACGGAAACUGGGUUACACGGCUGAGUCGUCGACCUAAAAAUAUCCGCGGCGAACCAACAGAAACAUGUCAGCAAGACAUAUCGGCGAUUCGCGGAAAAUUUCAGCGACGACAUCACUAUUAGCACAAAAGGACAUGAUCACAGGAUUUCUCUGAGUGAUUUCUAUAUAAUGGGAGCUGUCACAAUUGAUAUUCAUUAAUUGAUGGUUAAUUUGAUCAAUCAAUUAAUUAUUUUAAAUAACGAUUGAAAAAAGCUACCGUGUGCUUUUGAACGAUGAGAACGAUGUGUAACUUAUAUAUUUAUUAUUUAAUUAAUUUUUAUCAUCAUUCUUAAUUUUUGCGAUGUCCAUCUCAUCAUGUUUUGCAAUAAAAUUUCAUUUUUCAUUUAUCGUUUCUUGAGCUAUAAUUAAAAAGAAUUUAAAAGUCAAGUCAUUUAUUAUGAAUUACUAAAUUAUAUGUGAAUUGUAUGAAUUAAUAUUAUGAAUAAAUAAUUUACAAUAGACUUAUUAAUUAAUAAUUGAUGUUUAGAGGAAUAAAUGUUCGAUGCAGUGGCAAACAUUGGCUACAAAUCAGCAAAUGUUUCCAGAACUUCAAUUCGCAUCCUUCAAUUUCACGGAGCGAAUUAGCGCAUAAAGAUAAAGCAGACUUUCGAGGACACCGUGCGUGUUUCAUGUUCCCUGUCACGUGACCGGUACACGCGCGGCCCGAUUCGUCGCGCUCACGUGUUCCGCACGCGUUGUUACCGCACUUUCUGCCGGAGGUUUAUGCAACGGGCUGCAUUUGCAGCUGCAACGAACGUAUGUUACACGCAUGCACGCGCCGACCGGAUUCGCGCAUCAAUAGGAAAGCUUGACAGCCGCGGCCUUCGGCAGGCCGACGAGAGAGAUUUGGCACUUGACGGCAGUUUAACAUGAAUGUUAUUGCCAUUGUAGGCGUAUCUCGUAAUUUGUUGUUUGAUGUACGCACGCGACGAACAAAUUCUCGCGUUAGAUGAUACCGCGAGAGACAGAAUAUCAGUUUUAUCGUCUCAACGCCUCGCUCGUUUCGAGAAAUUAAAAAAAAACUGAUGCUUGUACUUUAAAUAAGAAAUUGAAAGAAACUAUUUUAUGAUAUAUAAUUUAAUAUUAAAGAACAUGAUCACACGUGUCUCGUAAUUGAAUUGCAUGAAACGAUCAAGUUGUCAAAAGAAUGAUUCUGAUUUUUUCGAGUCCGAUUGAUAAUUCCGGUUAAUCACCGUUGAUUUUCAUCGAAAAAAUAAAUAUUUGCGAAGGAAGACAGGAUUUCCUUUACAAAUACACCGCUUUUCAUCGUUUCCGACGCACUUCCUCUUGCAUAUGUCUUUCCUGUACUUCCUGGACGGAUCUUGCGGUCGUUCGAAUGCAUGAUCGUUUAUCAUUGGCAGACCACUGUAUCCUUCGCGAUCGUCUUAUAAAUUCCAGCAUUGACACGCCCGGUACAUAAAAAUCUAUCGUACGUCCUCCCAGGAGCAACAUCGCAAACCUUCCCUCUCAUUUUUGAAUCUUCUAUCGUUAUUGCGGAUUAUUUUGCUGCCGAUUCAGUGCGUCGCACACGGUGGGCAACAUGAGUAACAGAAUGGAUAUCCUUCAUCUGUUCGAUCGAACUAUGGAGCCAAUGUACAUGCCCAAGGGAAGAGAAAGAGUCACUUUCGAUGUACCGCUUAACUACUUGUCAGAAAAUGUAGAAGGAUUCAAAUCGAUUACUACUGGCGGCACGUCGAAAGUCCCGAUUAAGGAGAUGAGUCUGCCAGAUAUCAGAAUACCUCUCCAGCUUGGACGUCAAGAGCCUUUCUCUCUUUUCAUCCCUAAGCACCGAGAGAUGGCCACGUCUCUCAUCGACACCUUUCUUGAUAUGGAAACGUUCGACGACUUCCUUUCGACAUCGAUUUACUGUCGCGAUCAGGUCAAUCCACAGAUGUUCGUCUACGCAUUCUCGGUGGCGAUGCUGCAUCGUCCCGAUACCAGGGAUAUACCGAUUCCACCAUUGACGGAAAUUUUGCCAGAGAAGUAUUUUGACAAGAGAACAUUAAGCAGAGCGAAGAAGAUGGCAAACCUUAUGCCGGAGACAUCCAGGCCGCCUGUUGAAAUUCCGCGAGAAUUUACAGCGUCGGAUCUCGACGAGGAGCAUCGCGUGGCUUAUUGGAGGGAAGACAUUGGGAUCAAUCUUCAUCACUGGCAUUGGCAUCUGGUCUAUCCAUUCGAAGGCAACAUAAAUAUUGUUAACAAGGAUCGGCGAGGUGAACUGUUCUAUUAUAUGCAUCACCAGGUCCAAGCUAGAUACAACUGCGAACGUCUGUGCAACCGACUGCCUCGAGUGAAGCGCUUUCACAAUUGGCGCGAGCCGAUCCAGGAGGGUUACUUCCCCAAGUUGGAUUCUUUGGUUGCGGACCAUGUUUGGCCCGCUCGUCCUGCCGGCGCCGUAAUCAAGGAUGUCCAUCGUCCUGAGAUUUACCUGAGCUACGACGUCCAAGACCUGGAGAGAUGGCGUGAUCGCAUCUACGAGAUCAUUCACACCGGUACUUAUAUCGACUCCCGUGGCGAGAGGGUACCUUUGACCGAGUUCGAGGGCAUAAACGUGCUCGGUAACAUCAUGGAGUCCAGCAUCCUGUCGCCCAAUCGCAGCGUCUACGGCGAUCUUCACAAUCUCGUUCACAUGGCCAUCUCUUACUGCCACGAUCCGGAUCAUCGUUACUUGGAAAAUUUCGGAAUCAUGGGGGAACCGGCCACUGCUAUGAGAGAUCCCAUUUUCUACAGAUUCCACGGGUUCACUGAUCGUGUGUUUCUGGAGUACAAGAAUACACUUCCCGAGUACAGCCUACAGCAGGUGAGUGCACACACCCCAUUUUUAUAUCGAUAUCGAUUAUCGGUUUACUUUAGUAAUUUAUAUUGUAUAUCAUUGUUUCAGUUGAGCUUCGCCGGCGUGGAAAUCACGGACAUAUGGGUGCAGACUCCGGACCAGUCAGCAAACGUGCUGACGACUUUCUGGAAGCAGAGUGACAUCGAUCUAUCUCGCGGCUUAGAUUUUAUACCACGCGGUAGUCUUCCCGUCAGAUUCACUCAUCUCUUUCAUACAAAUUUCACCUACAGUAUCGUCGCCAUCAAUCGCAACGCGCCACGUCGAGGAACCGUUCGUAUAUUCAUCGCGCCCAAGCGGAACGAACGCGGAAUGCUGUACGAGUUCAUAGAGCAGAAGGAGCUGAUGAUUGAAAUGGACAAGUUUACUGUUUUGCUGGGACCGGGUCGAAAUACCAUCGAGCGCAAAUCAACGGACUCUUCGGUAACUAUACCGUUCGAAAAGACAUUCCGCAGUCUCGAUGAGAACAGAUCAAACGAUAACGAGGAAUUCAACUUCUGCGGAUGUGGCUGGCCACAGCACAUGCUGGUACCUAAAGGAACGGAGGAAGGAUUUCCGAUGGAGCUCUUUAUCAUGAUAUCUGAUUACACCGGCGAUGAGGUGCAGCAGGAGGAACCGACCAGAUGCAGGGACGCGGUGAGUUAUUGCGGCCUGCGGGAUCGCAAGUACCCGGACGCACGACCCAUGGGCUACCCGUUCGAUCGUAGACCGCGCGCGGGUGUGGACACCCUGGCCCAAUUCCUCACCAGCAAUAUGGCAGUAACGGACAUCACUGUCCGUCACACGGACAUAUAAGCCAGGAACAAUCUUUUCUUGCUCGAAUUUUGAGGAUUAACCGAUCGAACCGUAGAGAUGGUUUCGCGAGAAUGGAGAUUCUCCUUUCAUCCGCAACAAACUAGAAACUAGAUUGUAGAAAGCAUCGAAUAAAAAAGCAAAAAAAACAUGAAAAUAAAGUCAAACUAAGCAAAUUAAA